CCAGUGUGUGGCACUAGUCAACUUACAGAUGUUGGACAAUAAGCAAAGCAGCGUUGUACUUAGUAUAGCGUGCCAUGCCAUUUGGAAUUCGAAAGCCGACCCUCGUGUACGUGUGGCCCUGGCAGCAACGGCCAAUUCUCGGCUCGAUUAUUAACUCAUUUUUUUUCUAUUUAUUUUGCGUUUUUAUGUGAGAGAAUAACGAGUGUUCUGACUGAUCUAGACAUUGUGACGUGAAGCACAUAAAUUCAAGCACACGAUGCCGACAAACCAGAAACAAGAGCUGCGUAAUGGACGCAUAGAGAAGCAAGCAGUGAAAAUUAGUCAGCCCAUUUCUGAAGAGACCACUGCUGGAAAUGGCAACACGAAUUUAAACGGGAACGGGAAACUGGAAGACCAUUUCCCUGAUGUCGAUCCAGAUGCAGUUAGGUAUCCUGAUGGAUCGGUGCGGCUGCGGAAUCCAAACAUCGAGCUGAUGGACCAGGACAUCUUGUAUCACCUGGCGCUCGGCAGCGGCUCGCACGACCUCGUCGAGAUGUUCGGUGAUGUCAAGUUUGUAUGCAUGGGUGGCACCCCGAAGCGUAUGGAGCAGUUCGCUUACACCAUCAUGGCGGAGAUUGGUCACAAGCUGCCCUGUGGCACCACCCUCCAGGACAUUAGCCAGUUCUCCUACCGAUACUCUAUGUACAAAGUUGGACCAGUGCUCUCUAUCAGUCACGGCAUGGGAAUACCAUCAGUGGGAAUCCUCCUGCACGAGGUGAUCAAGCUGAUGUACCACGCGAAGGUGCGGGACCCGGUGUUCUUCAGGAUCGGCACGUGCGGCGGAGUUGGCUACGAAGGCGGCACCGUCGUCAUUUCUGAAGAAGCUGUCGAUGGCGCUUUGAGGAACGCUCUUGAAGUGACAGUACUGGGCAAGAACAUCCAGAGGCCGUCCAAACUGGACAAGCGACUGAUGCGGGAACUGAAGGGCCUGGCUGACCCCGAGGACCCGUAUGACACCGUCACCGGCAAGACUAUGUGCACUUACGAUUUUUAUGAAGGUCAGGGCCGACUCGACGGCGCCUUCUGCGACUUCACGGAGGCGGACAAGAUGGAGUACCUGGAGAGCAUCCACAAGGCGGGGGUGGUCAACAUUGAGAUGGAGUCGCUCGCGUUCGCGGCGCUCACGCACCACGCCGGCAUCAAGGCGGCCGUCGUGUGCGUCACGCUGCUGGACAGGCUUAAGGGGGAUCAGGUAUUAGCUCCGAAGGAAGUAUUAGACGAAUGGCAACAGCGCCCCACGAAGCUUGUUUGCCGUUUCAUAAAAAGGUACCUCCAAAUGAAGGGUCGGCUGUCCCUGGAUGGACACGGCUCCAUCCCCGUGAAGAGCCCGCGUCGGUUCAAGCUCGUGCAGCAGGAGUCCGAGACCUACGACUAAGCGGCACCUGGCGGCUUCUGGCGCCGGCCAGCUCGCCCUAUUUAUAUGUAAUUCGCCCACAUAGUAAGCAAUUCGACCUAAGAAUGGGCAACUCGCCUCAAUGUUUAUCGUUGCCGGUCUACUAACCGUACUAACAAAUAGUGUUCGAUGUCGUUUAAUUUUAAUAUUAAAUUAUUACCUACUUAUACAAAUAAGAUUACAAUGAAAAAUAUUUUUACUGUAUGUUAUGACAUUGAUGUUGAUGUAGUAGUGAAAUGGCUUUUAGCUUGUACAUUGUUGAUUUUUGCAUUAAAAAUAAUACGUUCGCGUUCCUAAUUAACAAUUUUAUAUUAAAUUAUAAACAAUAUUCAGUUAAUGUCAUGAACUUACCUAUUUAUGACGUUAAAUACAAUAAAUUACUGCCAUAUUUAGUGAAAUUAAUAUUUUAGUGUGGCAAUUUAACUAAAUUUUGCAACUUUAAGUAGGUACGUGAACACGGUGUGUUUAAGACCAAUUUGUAGUUAAAUGUUUUAGUAAUGUUUUAUUAUUGUUCUCUUACAAGCGUUAAGACAAUUAAAGUUGUUGUUUUGAACUAUUUACCAUCGUGUUGUUACCAUCGUUAAAUAAGAGAAUGAUAGCAGAUAUAGUGAUUGUUAUACAAAACACUGGCGUUAAUAGACGAUAGCUUAUUUGCCGGCAUCGCAUCACACCAGUGUCAAUUACUGGCCGCCUCUGUGUGCAAAAUUUAUGUUAUACAAACAUAUAUUUCAGGAUGUAAUUCUUAAACUAAGUAUGUGUGGUAUAUUAGUAGUUGCAUUUUGUUUCAAGAAAAUUAAUAUUGA